CUCCGAGCGGAGCCUCGCGCAGACUGUGUUCGCUCGGGCGUUGUGGCGUGGAGGACGGUGGCUCUCGGCCGGAUUGCUGAAUCUUGUUUUUAUUGUUUUAACCGAACGUUUUUUUUUUAAUUAUUAUUCAGAGGUCCUCCUCUCAGUUCUGUUUCGCGGCCCUUCUCAAAGCGAAGACUUGAAUCUUUUCGCUCCGGCUGGAGCUCUUCGGUGUUUGGUUGAAGUAUUCGGAGGGGAAAAAGGUAACAUUCCGUCGGUCCUGCCGGGCCCCUCUCAUGCCAGUGGGGGGCAUCUUCUCUGGACUACAACGGUGAGUGCAUCAGACAGAUGGGCCCACUAUGUGAGAAGCACCACAAAGGUGCACAUGCUUACAGAACUUUGAUAACUCAAACUCCCAAUACCUGAAGAAAUGAAGGCUCUUCCAACAAAGGUCUGAAAAAAACUAGAGAAGAUUUCUGAACUGAAGAAAAUUCUUUUUGUGUGAAAAUAUUUCUCUUUUGUUUGUCAUAUCUGCAAUAAACUGAGUGAUCAAGAUGAGUGCAGAAGGAUACCAGUAUAAAGCGCUUUAUGACUAUAAAAAGGAGAGGGAUGAGGACAUUGACCUGCACGUUGGGGAUAUACUAAUCGUUAGCAAAGGUGCACUCUUAGCCCUGGGCUACAGCGAUGGCUUUGAGGAAAGGCCCCAGGAGAUCGGCUGGCUCCCCGGUUUCAAUGAAACGACACAGGAAAAGGGUGAUUUCCCAGGGACAUAUGUCGAGUACAUUGGGAAGAAGAGAAUCUCUCCCCCUACACCUAAGCCAAGGCCACCCAGACCCUUGCCUAUGGCCCCAGGCCCAGCGAAGUUGGACACGGAUGUCGAACAGGGCGCUUCGCUGCAGGACCUGACGGAGCAGUUCACCCCCCCACAGAUGGCGCCCUUCAUGCUGGUGAAGAUGCUGGAGGCCAUCGAGAGAAAAGGUUUGGAGAGUCCUACCCUCUACAGGACAUUUACAGCCGGCAAUGGACUGGACGUCAGGCAGUGCUUUGAAAGCGAUUCCCCUGCCGCUGAGCUGGAGCAGCUGGACCUGCAGGCCCUGUGUGACGGCCUUCGGAGGUACCUGCUCGACCUGCCCCACCCCAUCAUCCCGGCAGCGGUCUACAGUGACAUGGUGCAUAUUGCUCAAGACGUGCCGAACCCAGAAGAGUGCGGCCAGCUACUGCGCCAGGUUGCCCGUUCACCGCCCGUGCCGCCCCAGUACUGGCUCACCCUCCAUUGCCUCAUCCGCCAUUUCUGCCGCCUGUGCCAGGCAACCACCAAGAACCUGCUCAGUGCUCGCGCCCUGGGCGAAAUCUUCAGCCCUCUACUGUUCAGGCAUCAGGCAGCCAGUUGCGAGCCGAGCCCCGAGACUCACACCAGGAUCAUUGAGGUUUUCAUCACUGCCGAGUGGAACGAGAGUCAGGCGGCUCCCGCCCUGCCUCCUAAACCUCCGAAGCCCACGCCGAGUGCAAACAACGGUAUGAACAACAACAUGGCCCUGCAGGAUGCCGAGUGGUACUGGGGGGACAUCUCCAGAGAGGAGGUGAACGAGAAGCUGAGAGAUACAGCAGACGGUACAUUUUUGGUUCGAGAUGCUUCUACUAAGAUGCAUGGAGACUACACGCUGACACUGAGGAAAGGGGGCAACAACAAGCUUAUCAAAAUCUUCCACCGUGAUGGGAAGUAUGGCUUCUCAGACCCUCUGACUUUCAGCUCUGUGGUGGAGCUCAUAAAUCACUACAGGCAUGAGUCCCUGGCACAAUACAACCCCAAGCUAGAUGUGAAGCUCUUGUAUCCAGUGUCAAAGCACCAGCAGGAUCAGGUGGUUAAGGAGGACAACAUCGAAGCAGUGGGGAAGAAGCUGCAUGAAUACCACCUGCAGUACCAGGAGAAGAACAAAGAGUACGACAGGCUCUAUGAGGAGUACACCAGGACAUCCCAGGAAAUCCAGAUGAAGAGAACAGCCAUCGAAGCCUUCAACGAAACAAUCAAAAUAUUUGAGGAGCAAUGCCAAACGCAGGAGCGGUACAGCAAGGAGUACAUCGAGAAGUUCAAGAGGGAGGGCAACGAGAAGGAGAUCCAGCGAAUCAUGGUAAACUACGAAAAGCUCAAGUCACGUAUCAGUGAAAUCGUGGACAGCAAACGGCGUCUGGAGGAAGACCUGAAGAAACAGGCGGCCGACUACCGAGAGAUCGACAAGAAGAUGAAUAGCAUCAAGCCCGACCUCAUCCAGCUGCGCAAGACCAGAGACCAAUAUCUAAUGUGGCUCACACAGAAGGGGGUACGGCAGAAGAAACUCAACGAGUGGCUAGGAAUCAAAAAUGAAAAUGUGGAAGAUCAGUACUCCACGGUGGAUGACGACGAGGACCUCCCACAUCAUGACGAGCGUUCCUGGAAGCUAGGCAACAUCAACCGAAUCCAGGCGGAGGCUUUGCUUCGGGGAAAGAGAGACGGAACAUUCCUGGUUCGGGACAGCAGCAAGGCUGGCUGCUAUGCCUGCAGUGUGGUUGUCGACGGCGAAGUGAAGCAUUGCGUCAUCAACAAGACGCCUACCGGCUAUGGAUUUGCGGAGCCCUACAACUUGUACAGCUCGCUGAAAGAACUGGUGCUGCACUACCAGCACACGUCGCUUGUACAGCACAAUGACUCUCUGAAUGUCACGCUAGCGUACCCGGUCUAUGCGCACCAGAGGCGAUGAGCGCCGGCAUCAGUGUUGGACUUGCGAUGCGAGACUGAGAGGGCCUCGUGGGAAGAGAUGGCCUCCUUUGGGCCCACGGAAACAUCCGGAAGCGGUCUUGUUCCCUUACCAGGGGAGGACGGACGUCUCAGCGACAGACUCUUAACGAGUGUCGGGUGGUGAAUGUAGUGUCACUUCUCUCAUGCUUUCUGUGGGGGGGGGGGGCAAAUAAAGCACAUUACUGUCCCGACACUACUAAGCUGUCUCCUAGGAGGAAGGCACAGAGGCCUUUUCUUAACGGUGCUUGCUGUUUUCAAAGCUUUACCAGCUGGCAUGUCAAAUGCUGAUAACCCUGGGGUGCUUUGUUUUGUUUUUGUACAGCCCCCACCCACCUGCCCACUUUUUCAUCUUUUUCCAGUGUGCGUGCGUGCGUGACCAAAACUCUCGAUGCAGAACUAUGUCCCAUGUCAGGGCGGACGAGCGUUCGUUGGCAUACCUUGGGUCAGCUGAUAAAUGUAGCAAGAAGGCACUUUUUUUGUAUACGGAAUAUGGACAGUGUUGUGCGCAGAGUUCCCUGUCACAGCGAGAGCAGGAUCCCUGCUUUGUUCUUUUCCUUGGAAGCAUUAUGGCGCAAGCAGGAUGUAUGGACAGGAUUUAAAAUGGACCCGCCAUGUGACUCGUUGUACAUAUUGUGGGGAGAGCAUCAAAGUGAUUAAACCAAUAGUGCAGUACCAAAAAUGUCCAGGUCCUUUUUGGUUUUAAUGCUAUUUCUGCUAUGCAAUUCUGUAUUUCCUGAAAGCUGUUAACUUUUACAUGUGGCUACCCACAGUAUAAGCUUGUUUUAACUUUUUGUCAUGUCCACAUCCAAAAUAUUUUAAGUGUCAAAAUGGUAAGAAAUUGGCUUCAAAAGUUCAAAUAAAGAGACUACAUACUUGAUCAUUUAAUUUUUUGGUGAUUAGUCUGAAGUCCACUGUAUUUUUGUUUUAUUUUUACUUUAAUGUCAUCUUUUCCUAGGCAGAGCCUACUGAGGAUUUAUUUGUAAGCUGCUGAAUUGUCAAUAAAUAUUUCGUUUUGGAAAAGCUG